AUUGUUCCAAGGAGGCCGCCAUACUUUUGUCUGAGUUGCAGUUUUCACUUGAUUAAAUCCGUGGUUAACGACAGCUACUUUAACAAGGUUUACAAUGGCAUCAGCAAUGAUCUCUGUGCACACCACGGCAUCCCGCUUUGCUCUUCUGCAGUUGGACUCUGAUUCAGAGUCUGACUCGGAUGCAGGGAAGCCUAAAGCAAGUCGUGGGGCGGGGAAGCCCCUAUCGGGGAAAACUCCUAGCGGGAAGAACAACCAAAACACUGAGAAGAAGAAAGAGAAGAGAAGACGAAAAAAGGAGCAGCAACAGAGCGAAGCCAAUGAGCUCAGAAAACUUGCCUUUAAGAAGAUCCCUCAGCGGUCUACAGCACCCUCUUCCACAGUUACACUGCAAGAUUUGGCCAAUGACCUGCUGAACCCAGCAGCUGUCCGGCCCAACAACGCACCACAGGAGAACUGGCAGGAUUGGAAACAGAGAGAUGAGCAGCUGACCAGCGACUUGUAUGAGGCAGAUCUGGAGAAGGCUUUGAUGCUUAGUAAACUGGAAGAACUGGAACAACAGAAAAAGGAUGCUGAGAAUACAGAGGCUGUAUCACCAAAGACCAAGACAGGAAGCAAGAAAGACAGGAAGAAGAAUCAACAAGGAAAGGAAAAAAAAGGCACCGUGUCUCUCAAAGACUUCCAACAGGAGGGAACCAUGGAUCAGCUGAAUAAAAGGCCGGACAGAGAGGAAUCAAAGCCUGUGAUCCCUGCACUUUGCGAUGACAAGUUCUUUAACCGUUUGGAGGAUGAUGUGAGCAGGAUCGUUCAGCGUGACAAACGCAUAGAGCAGUACAGCAAUAGUGCUGGUCAUGAGGUCAACACUUCUUCAGAGCAAGAGCAGGAUGUGAGAACUGAGCAGUUAAAAUAUGAACUGGAAAAGAAAGACCAAGAAAUUGAGAAGCUGAAAAAGACAGUUUCACAAUGGGAGGUAAGAUAUAAAGAAGUCAAGGCCAGAAAUAAUCAGCUGCUCAAAAUGCUUCAACAGGGAGAGAUGAAGGACAAAGCUGAAAUUUUAUCUCAGGUAGAGGAACUUCUGAACAUCAAAGAGGAAUUGUCCUCGCAGGUGACAUUACUGCACACAGCGCUAGAGCAAGAGAGGUCAAAGGUGAAGGGCUUACAGUCAGACCAGCCGAAACAUCAGGGCAAUCGAAAAGGGAAAAAGGCAUCAGAGGGGGAUGUAUGAACAUUUCUUGAGAAAGACGGCUUGAAUGUUCUUGCUCUUGCAUAUCUUUCCAUAUUUAAAACGUAGCAUCACACAUACAUAAACUAACACCAUGCUUCACACCUUUUUAUUGUUGCUAGUCAUGUUACAUAGUGUAUUCUGCCAGAAUGAUAUUUUGUUUUUACGAUAAAGUCUGAUGUUUCAGUUCUUUGUAAUGGAUCCACAUCUGAAGCUAUUGAAUGAUUUCUGUGCACUAUGAACAAAGUGGUGUAAAAUCUUGUUCAUUUCAAUAAAAAAGCGAAUCUA